AUGCUCGAGCAUAGGUCAUAUGGAGAGACGUAUCGAUGCUGUUCCUGCCAGAUGUUGGGCCUCAUCAUCUGGGAGCACUACAUCGGAUUUGCUCGCUUCUCGGAAGUUGGCGCAGCCAUAAACUCGCCUCUCAUCUUUAUGGUUGUCACCUGUCCCUCAUCGGGCGCUUUCAAUGAGCACACAGACGAAGCAUUCAAAGCAAGAAAUCCGAGAAGCGACUAG